CCCCUCCCUUCCCUUCCCUUGCUUCUCCUCCCUUUCGCUCCUCCUGCCUCUGUCGCGCCCCAGCCCAGCCUCCCCUUCCCUUCUCUCCUCUCGUCCCGUUGCUCCCCGACGAAUGAAUAUCUCUGUACCUGUGGCUUUCUGAGCAGCAGCAGCAGCCGCAGUAGGAGCAGCAGCAUGGAGAGCGCAGCGUGAGAUACUGCUUUGAUCGUCGCGAUCGGUUCAAUCACUUCGGGGGUUCGACCAUUUCAGCAGCAGAGUAGCAGAGUAGUAGCGCAGGUCCAGAGCUGGAGUACGAGGACGACGAGCGUCGGAUAGAUCAGAGCUUGGCUCGAAAGGUUGUUUGGCAACGAUGGGUCAACAGAAAGGUUUCUACGAUGCAGAACAUGCCACAUACCACGGUCCUUGGCCUCAAGUGCACCUUCCAGAACAGGCUAAUAUGAAUCUGGUCACAUAUCUCUUCUCUCCAGCUUAUUACAAGCCUGAGUUUGCAAGCAAGAAGAUUUUGAUCGAUUCUGAGACAGAGGAAUUCGUCACAUAUGGUGAACUUCACGAAACGGUCAAGAGGGUGGCCAAUGGUCUGGCCGAUCUUGGCCUGAGGAAGGGCAACGUUGUGGUAAUUCUGCUUAACAAUACAAUCUAUUAUCCAAUCAUGUUUCUGGCAAUAGUGUCACUGGGUGCCAUCGUUACCACCAUGAACCCACUCAGCUCCAAACACGAGAUUGCGAAUCAAAUGAGGCUAUCGGGUGCUCAAUUCGCUAUCACCUCUGCCCAAUAUGUAGAAAAGGUGAGGGAUUAUGGUAUGGUUCUGAUUCUGUAUGGAGAUGUCGGAAGACAGAGAGAGCUGGCGGACCUGUCGUACACGCCUUUUACAAUCCUGCUCGCUGGGGAUUCAACAGAUUUUUCAGAGGUCCAAGUUUUGCAAAGCGACACGGCGGCAUUGAUGUUCUCAUCUGGGACCACAGGAGUGACUAAAGGAGUCAUUCUAACCCACAGGAAUUUCAUCGCUCUUCAGGCAGCCAUGAACAAAUUUGAAGAGGACUCCCGAGAUCCUGCCAGUGAAUGUCUCGCGUACCACGACUUAAUCUCCUUGGUUCCCAUACCCUUGUUCCACAUCUAUGGACUAUGUACAGUGGCAGGAUUACAGCUGAGAUGGGGAUGCACAAACGUGGUUUUGAACAAGUUUGACUUCGUUGGCAUGCUCCACGCUAUUGAGAAAUUUCGCUGUACCAGCAUCCCAGCUGUUCCACCCAUCAUUGUCGCCUUGGCUAAACAGCCCAUCGUCGAAAAGUUUGACCUCAGUUCCCUUAAAAUGAUCGGAUGCGGGGGAGCUUCUCUAUCCAAAGGCGUCAUUGAAGACUUCCGAUCACGAUUUGCUGACAUCAAAUUCUCCCAGGGUUACGGCAUGACGGAGACUGUGAGCGUGAUAUGUGCAUCAAACCAUACACCAAAUGUCCCUGUUGCUCCUUAUGGAUCCGUCGGAUACUUGAUUCCGAACAUAGAGGCGAAGAUUAUCGAGGUGGGAACUGGUAAAUCCCUCCCUCCUCGUGGAGAAGGUGAACUUUGCAUACGAGGACCCCAGGUCAUGAAAGGUUAUGUGAAUGAUCCAGAGGCCACCUCUGCUACCAUAGAUGCAGACGGUUGGCUGCAUACAGGAGACUUGGCUUAUUUCACUGAGACAGGCGCUUUGUUUAUACUGGAUCGCAUUAAAGAGUUGAUCAAGUACAAAGCAUACCAGGUAGCACCGGCAGAAAUCGAGAAAGUGCUCAUACAGCACCCUGACAUAUCGGAGGCAGUGGUGGUCCCAGUACCUGACGAGGAAGCGGGACAACUCCCCGUGGCUUGCGUGGUGCUGAAUUCGAAUGGUUCUUUGACAGAAUCAGAAAUUACGAGUUUUGUCGCAAAGGAGGUAGUUGCUCCUCACAAGAAGAUCAGAAGAGUUUUUUUCCUUGACGCUAUACCACGCGGAGAAUCUGGAAAAAUCCAGCGGAGACAACUUGCACGAAAAGCUGCAGAACACAUACGAGGACGAACCUAGAAAAAAUUUUCCCUUCAUCUGCUCUCCACAUCUGUAAUGUAAGUCCGGUUAUAAAGCUUCUUUGGAGUGGACACCUACAUUAUAUCUUCUGCAAAUCAAAAUUUCCAUUUCCGGGAGGGGAACCUUAUGCUAUGAAAGUUAUAAAAACCGCACGUAGGUAGAGAGGUUAAUCCUACACCCUCCCAGCGAGGACGUCAGAAAUAGAGAUGAGAGUAGGCGAGUUCAAUGUUGCCCUAAUGCUAAAUAGUGGCAACGUAGGGAGUGUUAAAUCAGGCAAAGCAAAUUCAUUUGUAAAUUCUAUUUGAUGUUUGACAUACCUUACUUUUAACAUAGGUGCAAGAAUAUGUCGAAUAUGGGCUACUGGUUAGCGGAAACAUUGCGGUGGAAGAGUCUAGGAAUGUCCAUGUAGAGAAGACUGGACAUAUGAGGACUUUCCUCAUACAAGUCUGUAAAUUAUUCUUGUUUGGAAAGACAGCAGAAAAACAUUGAUGUCAUUUCAUCUCAUCUCAUUUCUUGUACAUGUCGAUCAUCAAUGAAAUCUUUGU